AUCUGUGAGGCGGCGGAUUGGGAGGAGGCGGCGGCGGGACCAGGAACUACUCCAGCUGCGGGCUGGGAGGGGACGGGGAGACGCCCGGUGUUGCUCUCUUUCUGUCUCUCUCUCCGGUCCUAUGGGGCCUUGAGGAUCCGGCCCCGGUGAGAAGAGACAGGAGGUUUCUGUGCGGGGCGCGGAGCCGGUGGGCGGAUGGAGGGUCAGGCGGCUCCGGGUGCUGGGGGUGGCGAGGAGCCCCUGAGCUCUGGCAGGAUGAACCCGAAGCGGAGCGGGCGCGCCGCGGAGGAGGAGAACCGGAACAAACCCAAGCUGAAUAUUAAAAUAAAAACUUUGGCAGAUGAUGUGCGUGACAGAAUAAGCUUCAGAAAAUCAGCAGUGAAAAAAGAGAAACCUCUCAUUCAGCAUCCUAUAGACUCUCAGCCUACUAUAAGUGAAAUCCCACUUGCCCAGGCACUUGGUGAUGAGCGUUGCAUCAACUUAUCAGAGAAAGAAGUUAUGGAUCUCUUUGAAAAAAUGAUGGAAGACAUGAAUCUAAAUGAAGAACGAAAAGCUCCUUUAAGAGAUAAAGACUUGACCACAAAACGUGAGAUGGUUGUCCAGUACAUUUCUGCAACUGCCAAAUCUAUAGUCGGAAGUAAAGUUCCGGGUGGACUGAAAAACAGCAAGCAUGAAUGCACAUUGUCCUCACAAGAAUAUAUUCAUGAAUUGCGAUCUGGAAUUUCAGAGGAAAAGCUUCUUAAUUGUCUGGAGUCUUUGAGAGUGUCUCUGACUAGCAAUCCAGUCAGCUGGGUUAACAAUUUUGGACAUGAAGGUCUUGGACUUUUGUUGGAUGUGUUGGAAAAGCUGCUGGACAAGAAACAGCAAGAAAGUAUUGAUAAGAAGAAUCAACAUAAACUUAUCCAGUGCCUCAAAGCGUUUAUGAAUAAUAAAUACGGAUUGCAAAGGAUUCUAGGAGAGGAAAGAAGUCUAUUACUAUUAUCAAGAGCAAUUGAUCCAAAGCAACCACACAUGAUGACUGAAACAGUGAAAAUACUCUCUGCUAUCUGCAUUGUGGGAGAGGAGAAUAUUCUGGGUGAUCUUUUAGGUGCUAUAACAACUGCUGCUGAAAGGCAUAACAGGGAACGUUUUUCUCAGAUUGUUGAAGGACUGAAAAACCAUGAAUUCUUACAAUUACAGGUAGCAUGUAUGCAGCUCAUCAAUGCCCUCAUCACAUCAUCAGAUGAGCUUGAAUUCAGGAUACACUUGAGAAAUGAGUUUUUACGUUGUGGCCUGAAGAAAAUAUUGCCUAGCUUGAAAGAUAAGGAAAAUGAAGAGCUUGAUAUUCAACUGAAAGUGUUUGAUGAGAACAAAGAAGACGACGUAAUUGAACUGUCACAUCGCCUCAAUGAUAUCAAAGCUGAAAUGGAUGAUGUGAAUGAAGUAUUUCAUCUGCUGUACAAUCUAUUAAAAGACACUGCUUCUGAAAAUUACUUCUUGUCAAUUCUCCAACAUUUACUUCUCAUUAGGAGUGAUUACUAUAUCAGACCUCAAUAUUACAAGAUAAUAGAUGACUGCGUAUCACAGAUAGUAUUGCCCUGCAGUGGUGUAGACCCAGAUUUUAAAAGCAGAGGAAGACUGGAUGUGGAUUUUACUCAUCUUGUUGAUGCAUGUGUGGACAAAGCUAAAGUAGAAGAGAGUGAAAAGAAAGCAGCAGAAUUUUCCAGAAAGUUUGAUGAAGAGUUCACAGCUCGACAAGAGGCACAAACAGAGCUACAGAGACGAGAAGAGAAAAUCAAAGAACUUGAAACGGAAAUCAAACAGCUACGUGCCCAGGGUCCAGGCCUGACAGGUCAACUGACAGAAGUAGGACCAGCACAUCCAACCCUAGCAAAUGAGAAUGCACCACCUCCUCCACCGCCUCCUCUGCCUGGUGGAGCAAUACCUCCUCCACCACCUCUACCUGGUGGGGCAAUACCUCCUCCUCCUCCACCACCUCCACUGCCUGGUGGAGCAAUACCUCCUCCUCCUCCACCUCCUCCACUGCCUGGUGGAGCAAUACCACCUCCUCCUCCUCCACCACCUCCUCUACCUGGUGGAGCGAUACCUCCACCACCUCCGCUACCUGGUGGAGUGGGGCCACCUCCUCCUCCUCCACCUCCUCCUCUUCCUGGUGGGGCAAUACCACCACCUCCUCCUCUUCCUGGUGGGGCAAUACCACCACCUCCUCCUCUUCCUGGUGGAGCAAUACCACCUCCUCCUCCUCUCCCUGGUGGAGCAAUACCACCUCCACCUCCACUACCUGGUGGAGCAGUACCACCUCCACCACCUCCACUACCUGGUGGAGCAAUACCUCCACCACCACCUUUUGGUGGGCCUCCAUUGCCACCACCUCUUGGAGGGAUUCCUUUUGCUCCCUUCCCGGUGACACCAGCAUUACCACAUGGGAUGAAGGAGAAGAAGAAGUAUAACCUGGAAGUCUCAAUGAAAAGAAUCAACUGGUCAAAGAUUGAGCCUCAAGAGAUAGGAGAAAACAGCUUUUGGGUAAAAGCCGAAGAAGAUAAAUUUGAAGACCCAGAACUCUUUGCAAAAUUGGCGCUUACCUUUGGAACACAAAUGAAAGCCAAGAAGGCAGUAGAGGAUUCAGAAGAAAAGAAGAUGGUUCAGUCAAAGAAAAAGAUCAAAGAGUUAAGAAUUCUGGAUGGGAAAACUGCACAGAAUUUAUCCAUAUUUUUGGGUUCUUUCCGUUUGCCUUACGAAGAAAUAAAAAAUAUAAUUUUAGAGGUUGAUGAAGAGAAACUGACUGAAUCUUUGAUUCAGAACUUAGUGAAGAAUCUUCCUGAGCAGAAAGAACUCAAUGCCUUAGCUGAAUUAAAGGAUGAAUAUAAUGAUCUUGCUGAGCCAGAACAAUUUGGAGUUGUGAUGAGUUCAGUGAAAAUGCUGCGGUCACGUCUCAAUGGGAUCCUUUUCAGGCUUAUGUUUGAAGAGCAUGUAAACAAUAUCAAACCUGACAUUAUGGCUGUUACACUGGCUUGUGAAGAGCUGAAGAAGAGUGAAAGCUUCAGUAAGCUUUUAGAGCUAGUGCUUUUCCUUGGAAACUACAUGAACUCUGGCUCCAGAAAUGCACAGUCUCUUGGUUUUAACAUCAGUUUUCUUUGCAAGAUUCGAGAUACUAAAUCAUCAGAUCAGAAAACAACUCUAUUGCAUUUUCUGGCAGAAAUCUGUGAGGAGAAUUACCGUGACAUUUUAAAAUUUCCAGAUGAAUUACAGCAUGUUGAGACUGCAAGUAAAGUUUCAGCCCAGACUCUGAAGAGCAACCUUGAUUCCAUGAACAGUCAGAUCCAGCGCCUCGAAAAGGACAUUCAGAAUUUCCCUAAAACAGAAGAUGAACAUGAUAAGUUUGUACAAAAGAUGAGCAGCUUUGCUGAGAGUGCCCGAGAGCAAUAUGAAAAAUUGUCCAUCAUGCACAAUAACAUGAUCAAAUUGUAUGAAAAUUUGGGAGAAUACUUCACCUUUGAUCCCAAAGCAAUAAGCAUAGAAGAAUUCUUUGGUGAUCUGAGCAACUUCAGAACUCUGUUCUUGGAGGCAUUAAAAGAAAACAACAAAAGAAGAGAAAUGGAGGAGAAAACAAAGAGAGCCAAACUGGCAAAAGAGAAGGCUGAAAGGGAGAAACUGGAGCGACAGAAGAAGAAGCAGCAAUUGAUUGAUAUGAACAAAGAGGGUGAUGAGACAGGAGUGAUGGACAGUCUGCUUGAGGCCUUGCAGUCAGGAGCAGCAUUCAGAGAUCGCAGGAAACGAACACCAAGAGGACAAGAUAACAGACGAGUGACUUUGGAAAGGUCUCGGUCUCGCCACAAUGGAACAAUUGCAGCUGUAUGAUUCUUCUCAUGCCAAAGAAUUAGUGAAUUGAUUUAUUUACAACUAAAUGGUUGUACUUUGAAAAGAGUUUAUCAUACAAAUUGGCAAUGAUCAUAAAGGAAUACUGGUAUUGAUUAAGUGAGGUGUAUAAAUAUUUUGUAUUUUAAAAGCUAUUGCUAAAUAAUCCACAUACUGUAUCUUAUUACCCCAACUACCAAGAUCUGUAAACAGUGUUAAACAGUAGGAUAUAUUUUAUUUUAUUUUAUUUUAUUUUAUUUUAUUUUAUUUUAUUUUUUCUUUUUUUUUUCUUUUUAUUUUUUCUUUUAAGCUGGCAACUUACAUGAAAGGAGUUGGGGACUUCUAGGUUAUGUUUUAUAUGGGUAAGAAAAUAACAAGUUUGUGGAAAGAAUACAGCUGUGGAUUCCAUUUGCAGUUCUGAUUUGAACAUGAAAGGAAGAAAUAAUAAAACUGUAUGUUAAUAAAUUCAGAGCUGAGCUGAGCUGGUCUACAUUAUCAGAAUCUUUUUUGUAACCAUAAAAAAGCAACACAUAGCCCCAGUCAGGUUGCUGAAGAUUUUAGUGUAAAGCCUGGUGGAUUCAGCUAUUUUGGCUGCAAGAAGGAUAUACCACAUAUCUACACUUUUGGUGAUAUGAUGAUGUAUAGUUACUUACCACUGCUAAGGAAAAAAAUAAAACAGAGCAUAGGAUUUUACCAAAAUUAAAUUAUAUCAAGGGCAGGAUAUGUUUUUAACUGUAUUUAAGGAGGAAUUUUUCUAAUUAUGCACUUAUAUAUUCUUUAUAGAAAUAUUUGGGGGGAGGUAUGAUUGUCCUAUUUUAAUUCUGCUUAAAUAAAAAAAAAACCUUUGUGUAGGUUUUUUGAGACAAGCUACAUUAUGAAAUUAUUCAGAACUGCCUCUGAGUUUUUCCUCCAUUUCUCAGGUAAAAUAUGGAGCAGGAUCUCUCCUGGUGGAUUUUAGUGCUGAUGGGUUAGCAGCUAAGAACAAAUUUUCUACCUGGAGCAGUAAUCAAUGAUUGCAGCAGUUUGAUUUUUGGGAAGCUCCUCCCAUUCUGCUUUGUAUACAGGGCCCUGCACUGCAGUACCUCAGGUGAGCAGUCAGUGUAGUAGCUGACACUGUCUGUGUUCUGCCACUCGAAGGGAAACUCUAGUUCUGUAGUUCCCUUCUCUCCCCAGUUGAAUGUACAGUCUGUUUGGUGUUCAGGGCAGUCUUCACCAUCCUUUUUACUGAAGGUUCAUUGCUUAUCUGGAUGUGAUGGAGGAUGUUAAGUGGGAGUUCCAGUGGAACUACUCAUCUAUUGCUCAGCUAUAAUGUUUUUAAAAGCAGGAAUACACUGUAGUAGAUGGCACUUGUUCUUAAGAUAUUACUGCUUCUCACUGAUUGAUGAAUUAUUAUGAAUACUUUCAUUGCCUGAUGUUAUGGGGAACCUUUUUUUUAAAGUUAUAUAGAGAAUAUUUGGAAGAUAAGGUGUCACAUGGUUUUCUGUGCACAAACUGCUAGCUCUAGAGGAGCCUUCAAUACUGGGGCAGUGUAACUUUGCACUACUGCUUGAGCCAAGCAUCUUUGUACAGUAGAUUCUUUUUGCUUCUCUGCUAAGAUACACUUAAGACUAUCUGAAUAGUUUGGGAUAAAUCCUCACGAUUUCAAACUACAGUAAUCAAUAUCCAAUUAUUGUAAGAAAAGAUUUAGUUCUCUUUCAAUCUAGUAUUGAAAAUUUUAUUUUUUUAAUUUUUUUUAUGGUCUUCAAAGGCAAAAAGGGGUUUGCCCAUUGCUAUAACUAUAAACAUAGGAAUGCAACUGAAGCCUAGUGAAAUGUGUGCUGUCAGGUAAUACUCUUCCUAAACUGUUUGGAAUUUUUUGCGCUUUUAGUAAGAAAUUAAAGAGUUAUAUGGUACUUCAGGAAAAAAAAAUGCAUGCAACAGGAUUCUGUCUCCUUGUUUAUCAGUAAGAGAUACAAAGAAUUCUGUCCUGGUUUGUGCAAGGUCAACAUCAAUGUUGUAUUGAAGCAUACCGUGUUAAAAUGGAAUUAUUAAAUUUACAGUUAUACAAAUGUGCUUAAUGUACAAAGCCAGUUUAAAGGGAUUAGGUUCAUAAUUUUUAUGUAAAGUUGUAAUACAAUCAACAGUGUAUUAGAAUUCAGAUUUUAAAAUUAGCAUUUUGCUGGGAUUUACAAGUAUUGGUAUAAUCUUUAUAUGUGAAAACUCAAAAGACUGCAAGAGAAUCUUUAUACUGGAGCAGGAAUUAUUAGUGCACGAGUUUUUCAUUUCCAUGGGUUUUUUGGUUUGUUUUUAAGCUGUGUGAAAGCUGACUACAGAUUAUCAAAAACCAAAUCUUAGGAAAAGAAAAAACAGUUCCAAAAUAACAUCACCACCUGAUGCUUCUAUUUUGCUACUAUUUUUUUCAUAUUUGAAACAUUUAUAUAAUUUAAUGGACAUAUCUGUUAGAACAAAAGUGUCUUUCAAAGGAAAACUAGUUUAGAAGGUAAUUUAUGUAAAUAUAGGGUGCUCGUAUUUAUGAAGUCUAAAAUAUUUUCUGAAAUUGAUGCUGGUCACUUUGUCUUUUGAUAGUUUUUCAGUCUAUAUUGAAUUGCAGAUAUUUUUAAUGUUUUUAUUAUUGAUCUAAUUUUCAGAGGUGUCACAUGUUUAUCUAGAAGUGUAGAAGAGUAGCACCUUUUUCAGAAAUGCACUUGCCUUAUUUUCUAAUUUUAAAAAAUGAAAUAUAUCAGUUAAAUUAUAUUUGUAUUCAAAGUAAGCCCAGAAAGAAAAUCGCUGGAGGGUUCAUACAUAAAUUUCUUGCUAAUUAUGUUUCACUAUAUGUCCUCUGAGACAUUACAUUAACAAUAUACCAGCACAUCUGUUUGCAUUCACAUUUUACCAGUUACAAGUACUGAAGAGAGGUUGUUUUUUUUUUUAAUGAUGUUACACUGUUUACAUUUCUUAGUUUAUUUAAGAGGAAGAUAAUCUUACCUUUUCAAUGAAUUGAACUAAAUUUGCAAUUGACAUGGGAAUUAAAUUUUUUAAUCAUAUACAAAUAUACAUCUCUGUUGCUUAACUACUGGCUGUACAGAUCAGAAAUGUAAAGACACUAGACAUUUUUUGCUCAAGUUUUAUGCAGUUUACUGAAAAAAAAAAUGUGCAACACAGUUUGUCUUGUAUGUUUGUUUGUGAUUCAACAAAUAUCCUUUCCCAGAACAUAAGUGAUGUUUGGUUUAAGUGUUAACCAUAUUAUGAACUGAUGUGAAAGCCAAAACAAAAUUAGUGCCUCAGAGGGCAUUGACUAACAGCUUCAGGAAGCAUUCCCAGAAAUAAUAAUAAUAAACAUAAUUUGUUCUGGUUUUAGACAGCCAUGGUCAAUAUGAAAAAUGUUAUCUAAAAAUUAUCUGUUCUUUCUUGAACAUUCAGAGACAAAAGUAAGCAAUCUCCUAGUUCCCUUCUGUAACAUGCAAAUAGUUAUGAAUAUCUGUAUAUUUCCUCGGUUUUGUGUGUGGUAUAUGUACUACCUCAGACAAAUGCUGUAAAAACCACAAUGUGUUCAUGGUUUCUAUCCAAACCACAGUUCAUCAGUGACCUACCUUAUAAUCAUCCCACUAUACACAAAUGUUUUGCAAAACUCUGAGAAUCUGGCUGAAUUUUCGGUUUGACUUUGGAAAUUCUCCUCUAGCUUUCCUUAAGAAAACUUCUGCAUCCCUCAGGCAAAUCCUGCUUUGAUGGAUGAACUGAGUACUUCCUAUACCGAGAAUGAUCUCACUGGUAAAUAUGUCAAGCUGGUACUAGUUCCGUGGGAGCAAACUUACCUAUAGAUGUAAAUUGCUUCUUAUCCAUUAAGCAGAGGCUUGGCUGAAUCAUACUUCAAUGUUUGCCUUUGAAUUGCUGAGAGGUCAGGCAUGACAAAUGCCAUAAAGCAACAAUGUAAAGCCCACCUCUCCUGUGCCAUACUGUACCUGCAAGUUAUUAAUCUUAAAAUACAUAUUGUAAGAAACCUCUCCAUCUCUCCUGCAGUAUCUACACACACACCCACGCAUGCACACAAAAUGUAAAUAAAUGAAAUCAAAGCAUUUUAAAGCCAAAUCCCUCAGCUUCAGGUGUCUCUAUUUCAGAUCACAUAUUGCUUUUGUGCACAAAAAAAAAGGGAGUUGGUGUAAGCCUGUGAAUUCUGCAGUCCUGCAAGCUGUCACUCAGCACCCACUGAUGUCAUUAGAAGAAUGCUAAAGGAGAAGGAUGUUCCUGUAGUGCUGCUUUUAGCACUGUUGAGGUGAUACAUAUGCCACAGAAUGUGAACAAUGACCUAUUACAGUUUAGUCAUCUGCUGUCAUGCACCAUUUGGUUUUUCUUUUGGAAGUCACAUGACUCCUGAUGCCAAAAAAAAAGAAAAAACAAAAAGUGACAAAACUCAUGCAUUUCUAUUUUUUAAACAGCUUUGUGUUUGUAUGUAAUGUUUAAAAUAGGAAUUUGAUGAAAUCACAGCCUGGCCAUUGUUAAUCCAUGUAUUCUGAAAACUGUAAUAAAGAUCUACAUAACGUGA